AUGGACCAAAGUAUUAUUACUCCAAACACAUCAAAUCAGCAGUUAGUGAUAAAUGGUGAUAAUGAUUCUGCGACGGCUCUGCUGCACGAGAAGCAGGCGAGGAGAAGAGAGACAUUAAGCGAUGUCACCUUCAUCGAGUACAUGACUGUCUUUAUAUUGUGUUUCGUCAACCUCAUCAACUAUAUGGACAGGUUUACCCUGGCCGGAGUUUUGGAUGAUGUUAAGACAGAAUUCCAUAUCGGCGAUGACUCCGCUGGCUUCUUGCAGACAGUUUUUGUUAUUGCGUACAUGGUGUUCGCACCCAUCUUCGGCUAUUUGGGAGAUCGUUACUCGAGACGAACUAUCAUGGCUCUAGGAGUAGCGCUAUGGUGCAUAACCACCUUUGUAGGCUCAUUUAUUUCAAAUUUUGCCGUAUUCGCGUUGUUUCGCGGAUUAGUCGGUAUCGGCGAAGCUUCUUAUUCAACGAUAGCUCCUACCCUUAUAAGCGACCUCUUCGUUGGAAAUGUUCGAUCUAAAAUGCUUGCGUUCUUCUAUUUCGCCAUACCCGUUGGAAGCGGUUUCGGCUACAUUGUGGGGUCGGCGGCGGGUGCAGUCACGGGCAACUGGCGUUGGGGGUUGCGAGUUACCCCCUUCUUAGGGGUUGCGGCUGUGAUCCUCAUAACAUGGGUUAUGCAAGAUCCGGAGCGCGGUCAGGCCGAGGACAGCCUCAUGAAACCUACCUCGUAUAAGGAUGAUUUAAAAUCCCUUAUUAGGAACCCGUCAUUCAUGCUAUCGACAUUGGCGUUUACGUGCGUCGCGUUCGUGACGGGCGCACUCGCGUGGUGGGGCCCGCAGUUCAUCUACCUCGGACUCAACCUGCAGCCAGGCAAUGACAUCACUCUCGAAAACGUGUCAUUCAAGUUCGGGUUGGUGGGUAUGGCGGCGGGCGCGCUGGGCGUGCCGCUGGGCUCGGCGCUGGCGCAGCGGCUGCGCGCGCGCGCCUCCGACUGCGACCCGCUCAUCUGCGGCGCGGCGCUGCUCGCGUCCGCGCCGCUCGUGUACCUCGCGCUCGUCGCCGUGCAGCGCUCGGCCGCGCUCUGCUAUCUGCUCGUCUUCCUCGGCAUGCUCACGCUCAACCUCACCUGGUCCAUCGUAGCCGACGUCGUGUUGGUGAGACCCCCCCCCACCGCUCCCCCCUACCUCGACCUCGACAUAUUCCAA